AGCCUGGAGGAGCUACCUUGGAUUCUGUUGACCCAUAAUGUGGCAUGGAGACAUCCCAUUAGGGAGUUUCAGGCCAAAAUUCCUCAGUCUGCUUUUUGUCUUCCAAGUGGUUUUGCUUUUCCCCUGGAAGACAUAGAGAAGAGGGUCACUCUUGGGUUUUGGAGAUGUGGUUUUAGCAACACAGCAUCCCGGAGAUACAUGUUUUGCAUUAAAGGAAACCACCUCUCCUUUGUGGUUCUCAGCUGAGACGGCGUUCAUGCUGAAGGGAGGAGAGAUCUGUGUCUUGACUGAUACUGGAAUAUCUUGAUUGUGGCAAAGUUCAGUGUAAUGCUGUAAAAUAGUGUGACACACACAGGACAGACUGAGAGAUGAGGGAGACUGGUUGUGUGUGCCUGAGGCAGCGGGUGGAGGUUGCACCGUGUCCCUGCAGGCAGAAGGCUGUCUUGCACGAAGAGACGCUCACAUGAGGGAGGAGGAGGCAAAACAGAGGGAGUGGCAUCUGAACAGACGGCACUUCUCCACUGAGCAGCACAGAUGAGUACAGGCUGUCAGUCAGUCUGUCACUCAAGAGUGCUGAAAGAAAGAUUCUUCUUUUACACUAUGCUCCUUCGCUGUUUCUGGAGGCUGAGGAAGAGGAGUUAGCUCGUGCCGUAGAGGCCUGCGUUUGGUUCGGGUUAACAGGAUGUAUCUGGUUGUAGAAACCAUUGAGGAGGCCGUGAUGAAGAUGCUACCCUAUUUUGUGAAGAAUGCUGUGUUGACCCAGAGUGAGAUAAACCGCAUCCUGAGUGAGAGCUUCUUCAUGGUGAAGGGUGCUGCUCUCUUCCUGCAGCAGGGAAGCAGUCACCAGAGCCAGAAAGCACAUCCUCAUCACAAACAUGCAGGUGACUUACCUCAACACCUGCAGGUGAUGAUAAACAUUCUUCGCUCAGAGGACAGAAUCAAACUGGCGGUGCGGCUGGAGAGUGCAUGGUCAGAUCGCGUGCGGUACAUGGUGGUGGUGUACACAAGUGGGCGACAAGACACAGAGGAGAACAUCCUUCUGGGAAUCGACUUCACCAACAAAGACUGCAAAAGCUGUUCGAUUGGCAUGGUGCUACCUCUGUGGAGCGAUACAAAGAUCCACCUGGAUGGAGAUGGGGGCUUUACUGUGAACACGGCAGGUCGGACUCAUGUCUUCAAACCUGUGUCAGUGCAGGCUAUGUGGUCAGCCUUGCAGGUGCUGCACAAAGCAUGUGAGGUGUCACGCAGAUGUAACUACUUCCCAGGAGGCAUGGCACUCACCUGGAUGGGCUACUAUGAGAGCUGCAUUGCUUCAGACCAGAGCUGCAUCAACGAGUGGAACGCCAUGAAGGACUUGGAGACCACACGGCCAGACUCACCCACCAUGUUUGUCGACAAGCCUUCAGAGAGAGAGAGGACAGAGUGCCUUAUUAAAGCCAAACUCAGAAGCAUCAUGACGUGCCAGGACCUUGAGAACGUCACCUCUAAACAGAUCCGUACAGAGUUGGAGCAACACAUGAACUGCAACCUCAAAGAAUACAAGGAGUUCAUUGACAAUGAGAUGCUGUUGAUCCUGGGUCAGAUGGACAAAGCUACCCUCAUCUUUGACCACGUCUACCUGGGAUCUGAAUGGAAUGCAUCUAAUUUGGAGGAGCUGCAAGAGACAGGGGUGGGCUAUAUCCUCAAUGUUACCCGAGAAAUAGACAACUUCUUUCCAGGCACAUUCAGUUAUCACAACAUACGCGUCUACGAUGAAGAGGCCACUGACCUGCUCGCUCACUGGAAUGAGACAUAUAACUUCAUUGUUAAAGCAAAAAAGAACCGCUCCAAGUGUCUCGUUCACUGCAAGAUGGGUGUGAGUCGGUCUGCCUCCACCGUCAUUGCUUAUGCCAUGAAGGAGUACGGCUGGUCGCUAGAGAAAGCUUAUAACUUUGUCAAGCAGAAGAGGAGCAUCACGCGACCCAACCCAGCUUUUAUGAGGCAACUGGCGGAGUACGAAGGCAUUUUGGAUGCCAGUAAACAACGGCACAACAAGCUAUGGCAUCCAGACGCAGACUGUGAGAUGGCUGAGGGACAGCAGGGACUGGCUCACUGUUGUAGAGGAGAGGAGGGAGGCACCCUGACUCCAGAACCAGGGAUGUCUCCCUGCUGUGAGGAGGCACUACCUGAUAAAGGUGCAACAUGCCCCACCCCAUGCAGGACUGUUCCCCUGGAGAACGACCCUGCCUACAACAACUACUACUUCCGCCGUCUCUCUGACUCAGCGCUGGACAGCGAACCAUCAACACCUGUGCGCGGCCCUCCCGUUCUCGGCAUGGAGAAGGUCUUUAUAGAAAUCGAGGAUGUGGAAAGAGAUGCUCUGCUGGAUGAUGAGGCCUUUGAUGGCCGCGAAAGCUUGCCACUCCCCCACUUUGGGCCCACGGCAGAGGGAACUGCUGCCCAGACCUGCAGUCGUGGCCCUGAGCCCCUGGAAGAGUUGCGUCUGAGACUUGAGUUCAGCACAGUGGAGGAAGAGGAUGAGGAGGAUGUGCAAAAGGAGGAGGCAGAGAUGGAGGUAUUAAUGCAGCCAGAUGAUGGAGGUGGUGGUGAAACACAAGAUGUCGAGGUAGAGGGUAAUGGGAUGGACCUGGCAAGUCUCAAUGAAAAUUCCAACAAUAACAACCAUUACAGCACUCUACACAACUACAAUGAAAAAGCUUUGUCCAUCCUUCUUCCAACUGAUGCUUCUACACCACUGCCUUGGUGUGAUCAGACCAAGUCUAAUCAGAAACAAGAUUCCCCAACAUUGGCUUCUAAGCUUUGCCUUAACCCCAGUCCUCCCGAAGUCCCAAGUGCUUCAUUCCCACAGUCCCAUACCUCAUCUGAAGGUCUCAGAUCCACAGUGGGACUGCCGUACCCCUGUGGCCCUCUGUGUGACUGUGCCAACUGUGUUGCCUCCCCACCCAUGGCUCCACUUGAAAGAGAGGAACAGCUUGGAGAAUCACUGCAGUUAGUGGAGCCUGAGUACAAUGGUGAAGUCUCUGAAAUAAAGACUGAGCUUGAUGAGAGUCAGUCUGCUGCUGCCUCAGAGGCUCUUCCUGAGCUGAUGAGGAUGGAUUUAGAGGAAGGCAAGCCCGCACUGGCUUGCUUUGGCCAACAACAGGAGACCCUUUUACAGCUGCGUCGAUCUGGGUUGGUCCGCCGCCGUGCAGAGAGACUAGAGAGACUUGCGGGUUUAUCUCAGGAAAGCUUGCGGUCUCUGAAGCCUUUGCACGCAUGCCAAACGUCCCAAAAUGGUCCCUUUCACACUGGAGAGGACGAGGAGUUCUCCGGUGACUUCACUAAAUCUUCAACACCAUGCCAAGUGCGGUUAGAGCCACUGGUGGUGCCACUGACCAAUGAAGCCUUGUUGGGGGUGGUGGGGUCUGGGCUGCUCACACCCACUUCCUCGCCUCAUGGCUCCACUUUGACACGCAGCUCCAGCAGCGAUAGCCUGAGGAGCGUCAGGGGAAAGCCUGGCCUCGUACGUCAGAGGGCACAGGAGAUCGAGACCCGUAUGCGGCUGGCAGGCCUUACCGUGCCCUCAAGGCUGAAGCGGUCCAACUCGCUGGCUAAGUUGGGCAGCCUCAACCUGUCCUCCGAGGACCUGUGUUCAGCCUGCUCCUCAGAUGCAGGAACACUGCUGCUCCUUUCACUGUCCCCAGAGCCAGACCCGAGCUUGGACUGGGAUUCCCCGACCACCUCUGUGCUAUCCUGGCCCCGCAAGGACUUGCACACUCCAGAGAGGGCACUACCAGGUGAACCCAGAAGCUGACAAAUCAAAUGGAGGCUGUAUACGGUCCACUCACCCCCUCUUCUUUCACCCUGCGGGGCUGGAGAAGGUUGUACAGAUUCUGGAAACAGGAGAGAGUUGAGGCUGAGAAAACAAAAAGAAGGCCAACUGUUGUUAUAAGGAGUGUACGCUCUCCUUUGCCACAUUAUUUCUCAAACUGCUGUUCAUGGUGAUGAAAGUCAUAUUGCUGUAUCUGACAAGUGCGUAAAGCCAUCAGUUCACCUCUAAGUUUGUUUGAUUUAUGGACAAACAAGUGCCUUACCUACAAAACCAGAGGCACAGAGCUGUGUGUUAGACUGCAGAACGAGACGGUACAAGGCGAUCUGUAACCUUUAACGUGGUGUCCACCGGCACUUACCUUAUUUUAACCUGUCGGGUACAAAGUGGUAGCUUACAUUGAUGAACUUGAGCCCCUCAAAGAGCUUCACAGAAAGCAAAGUGUUGAAUAAAUGUGGAGUUGUUUACCACACAGUUUAUGUUUUAGAUGCUAGCAGGUUGUAAAAUUAAUGGUUACCUCAUGUUGCAUUCAUGGAGCUUUUGCUCACAUGAACACCAAGCAAGAGUCUAGUUAAAGUGAGGAGAUCAGUUUUUUUAACCCAUUUUAAUGCAGAAGUGUACUGUGUUAAUGCAUUUACUAUGUGCGAGUCCCUGAGUGAAUGGGAUGAAAGUAGAGAGAAGAGGUUGUAACUUUUGCCGGAGGCAUGCUCACUGUUCUCAACAAACAGAAACAAACAUUUCUGAGUUUGUUGUUCCUUUGCACUGCUUUUUUAUUGAGUGAAUACUGGUACACAACAAGCUAUCUUCCAAAAUAACAUUGGAGUAAUGUUAUUAACCUCAUCAUUCCCUACAAUGUUCACUGUUCUUGGGAGAGCAGAGUGAGGAGUCACACUACACGGCUGAAAAUCAUAAAACAAGAAACUGAGGAUAUGUGUCAGCUAAAGUUAGCUGAACUUUCUUGACAUAGAAACAGAACAUUAAAUCCAAACGUUCUUUACCUUAAAGUCAUUUUAAGGGUUGCCAACAUUUUUUAGCUCAUUUGUGCUUUUUUUUUUUAAAUGUGAAAGACCAAAGUUUGUUUUUUAUUUUAAUUUUUAAAAAAUUUUUGGCUGUCUUAAUUUGGAAACGCCAUUGAAGCUGAAACAUGUGAAUCAUAACAAUAAUCACGUACAUAUUUAAAUGCUGUCACAUCUUUUUGCACCUUUGGGAGAAACAAAAGAGACUCGGUGGAGUCACCAGGCUCAUAGCUGUUAAGCUUUUACCCUCAUAUCAUCAGUGAGUUCUGAAGCUUUUGUCACACUGACGUGACAACGAUCACAGUAGGUUACUUCACAGUUUGGUAACCAUUUUGUUUUUAUAUUUAAGUAUGCAGUAAUUUUUGUACUGUACAUUGCUGUAGUUUGAAUGCAUAUUGCACUUUUUAUGUUGGUAAAGAUACUGUA